GAUUUUAAAUAAAUUAUGCGAACGACAGCAUAUUAUAAUUACUUAUCUCGACACAGGUUUCGCCUAUAUGGUAAAAUGACAACUGCCGAAAUCAAUCCCAGAAACCCAAAGGGCUUAGGAGACCCUGAAGAUAAAACUUUGAGGAAAGUAGAAAUUGACGUUAUGAUACCAAAGAAAAUGCGUGACAGGGCCAAAAAAGAAAAAUGUGUUCAAGAAGUAGCUGAAUUUGAAAAAUGCUGCAAAGCAGCUUCAUUUGCCAUGGUCUUCAAAUGUCAAGAUGUGAAUAAAGCACUCAAAGCUUGCUUGACCGACUGGUAUAGAAAUGAGGAAUUCAAACAAGAAUGUACAACAGAAUAUUUAAAUGAAAGAAGUGAAUACAGGAGAACAGGAAUAACUCAGAAACAAAAAGCUGAAAUGUUAAAAAAUCAAUGAUGAAUGUUUGUUUAUAACUUACAUUCAUGUAUGUAUUUAAAUUUGUAUAUUUAGCAUAGAAAA